AUGAGUUACAAUCGAACAGAACCCAGCUCCACAUCAAUAUUGAAGAUGCAUUCCGUACUGCAAAUUAGCUGCCUUCUCGUUGUUCUUAGCUGUCUUUUGGGCUCAGGACAGUCUCAAAGUGAAGCCGAAUUCGCGGCCAAGUCCCGAGAAAUAAGUCAGAUUUUCGGCAAUUCCUCCGUCGAUAAAUACACGAAGGUGCGCAAUUUGCCCGCGCUGGUUGCCUUUUACGAGAAAUACUCCAGUCGCCUACGACUGACAGCUCAGGAGAAGAAUGGUAUCGAUAAAGCUAUACGGCAGUAUCGGGCACAGCAAAACCAGAAAGUUGAUGGAGUAUCUGCACAGGGAGGAUGGUUGCUUGACAUCCUCAAGACAGUUGUGAACGUCAUUAUAAAGGCCGUUGAAUAA